UGUUAGGAUAUUAAAAUAGCUGAAUCCAGGUUGAACGAAAUUGAGGAAAAGGGCUUAGUAUAGCGGCUUGACGAAUCGGAUAGCGUUCUAGAUUUUGCGGCAUCGGGGGUGAAGCAGUACGUUAGCUCAACUUGAAAUUGGUUCUCCAUCCAGGAAAGUAGAGUAUGGAGGAAGAAAUGGUUGAAGUGAGAAAUUCCAACAAUGCGAAGGCUCCCAGUGGAGUGAAUUCCCGGACACUAAUUGCGUUACACCCUGCAUUGUUCAAGGAUGAUAGCAUAAGCGAAGGUGGUAUGAUGAAGGCUAAGGGUGAAGUACUAAAACAACAAGCAUUGUUGUGUGGUCGGCCUCCCAAUAUCAGUUGUAGAGUAGAGACGUUUGGGCGGAUAUGCCAAACAUUUGAUGAAAGAAGGAAGAGUUGGGUGACAGACAUGGGAUUUGGUGGACUUCUCCAUUUUGUAUCUGACAUGCACUUACCUAGGCAACUUGCCUACUGGAUAAUGACAAGGAUUGGCCCCAUAAAUAAAAGUUUUGUUGGUAUGGAUGGUCGUGUGUUUUGGUUUUCAAAGAACCAAGUAAGGUGGAUUUUUGGCCUUCCAAAUGGGUCAAGGUGUGUGCCUUCAAAUAAAACAAUGACUCCUGAAGUGCGGUCAAAAGUGGAGAAGAUGUUGUUCAAAUAUGGGCGUACUUGGCUCACGAAAUCGUGUAGAAGGACUGGCCGUGAGUAUACCUCUGUUGGGAUUCCUGUCACAUCUGAGUUGCUUGAGCGGUUGGAAUGUCAUUUUGAACCCGACGAGGAAGAAGAUUUCAAGUUGUUGUUUUUGCUAGUUGCGUUGCAAAUGGUAUUGUGUCCUACGCAAUCACCAAGACUGGCAUCUGAUUUGCUUCCUGCGCUAAGCUGUGCGAUGGACUGUGCCGAGUACAAUUGGUGUGAGUUAGUCUUGGAGAAACUAAUGGAGAGCGUAGCCAAUUUUGGCAAGAGGUUUUAUGCGACUGGGUUUGCCAAUGGAUGUGGGGGCUGUGCAUUUUUUGCCGUGAUUUAUUAUUUGGAUCGUCUUGACAGAGAACCGGUUAAGUGGAAUGUGUAUCCUAGAGUUCAAGUGUGGAGCAUGAAACUAAUUACGGAGGCAUCGAAGGAUGAUAGAUUUAGUUCUGGUGACUACGGGAAGUUGGGGCUCGUAGAUGUGGCUUAUGGAGAACGUCAUUCACGCCAAGCUAGGGACACCGAAGGCCCUCCAUCCACCGUACUGUACCAGGAUGUGUUGAGUUUGCCCAGUUUGGUGCACACGCGUCGAGAUAGAAGGCAGAGUACGGUUGGUUAUGCUCGUGGGAAGCGGAAGGUUGUGCCAUGAUGUUUGCGAGUUCUUGGGAUCCCCUGUUGCCAUAAGUGUAUGAUGAUGGGGAGGGGCCGUCUGAUAUAUAGCAUUUGAGGAGGUGCUAUGUUAUUGGGCUAGAAGAGAAUGAAAGUGUAAAUGUGUACAUUGGGCCAUAAUGUGUAGUCGAAUGUAUUGUUUAUAGAUAAACCAUAUUGGGCCAUAAAUCUGGCGGGCCCAUUGAUCUGGUGGGUGUGAUCAUUUUGGGCCAAAAUUUUGGCAGGCCCGUUGGUCUGGUGUUAUUAGUUGUAGGCCUUUCAGUUAGGGGUGGCAAUUCGGGUCAACGGGUUGGGUUUGGGGUCAGAUUUCGGAUUAUGCUUAGAAACUAUCAAAAAUAGUGUAAAACUUAAUAUUAUUAUGAAAUGUGAAAUUGGGUCAAAUCGGGUCGAAUUCAGGUUGGUCGGGUCGGGUUCGGGUUUCUCGCAAUAACUUUAGAUUGGGUUAUCGGGUCGGGUCAAUG